AUGCGUCGAUCUUCCGAAGAUCUACGGCGGCGCUAUGACAUGCGAGCGAUGCGGGGGAUUUCAGAUGCAGAUGGGCAGGGUUAUCUUUAUGCUUACGUCGAUGAUGAUGAAUGGAAGGUGGGCUUGACGAACAACUUCGUUCGUCGUCAGGAGGAGUGGAAUAGGAGUUGUCCUUGCCCAUGGAGAACAUGGCUUUUGCCUAUCCGGGUCGCGAACAGACGGAGAGCCGAGGCACUGGCGCAUCUUUUACUCGAAAUGGAGUGUCUUGACCGCCCGCGAACCUAUUGCCGAUGUUUUCACAGCGCUACAUGUACAACAUACAGGCCGACGUACGCAUAUCGAGAAGUUUGUUUUCUCCGGCGACUGGCAUGUCGUCUGGAGCACAAUUGUUUAUCCUAUCCUUUUGAGGGCCGCUGUCUCGUGAAGUUGUCAAUCUUGAAAUUGGAAGCAGUCUCUGAACUCCUAGGCUUUGUAUACAAUAUACAGACUAAAAGAUGCGUGUUUGUGUCCUUUGGUGCUAAUGAACGUGAAGAAUCGGUGAAACAAGUCCUCAACAUAAUGGACACAAAAAUACUCAAGCCACUCGAAGGUCCUCAAGACGACGCCCGACACGUCAUGUAUACCAACAUCCCCGACAUCAUCGUUGCCACGCGUUCCGACCUCUCGACAUCAGCGACGUACCGACAUUUUGACGUUCCGACCUCGGCGACUUCUGGACGUUUAGACGUUCCGAUAUCGGGUACGCAUAACCUCUCUGAGGUUACGAUGAAGAUCCUCACCGUUUUCACGAGGCAGUAA